GGUCACGCCACAGCGUCGCGACGCCUGCCUGCCCGUGGAUCGCGCCAUGCCGCCUGCGAGACGCCAGCCGCCGCCCGACGCCACGAGCGACCGCCGACAAUAGGAAGUGAGAGGGUCGAACAGAGGAUGCGGCAACAGUCCCUGGCGUUGCUGCUGCUCCUGCUGCUGCUGCCCAGCGCCCGCCGAUGCGAGAGGUUCCUGCUGGGCUACAUCACAGGUCUGGACCGGCGGCCUGGGGACCGGAAGUACGAGCGACCGGGCCGCACGGUGUCCGGCGCCAUCUCGCUGGCCGUGGAGCGAGUCAACGGGCGCGGCGGCGAGCUGUGGGCGCGCGGCCACUCGCUGCACUUCGAGGUGGCCGAGACGUACGGCGAGGAGACGACCAGCAUCCGGCGCACGGCCGAGCUCUGGCGCCGCAACAUCACCGCCUACAUCGGACCGCAGGAGACCUGCGUGCACGAGGCGCGCAUGGCCGCCGCCUUCAACCUGCCUAUGAUCUCCUAUUUCUGCACGCACCAAGAGACGUCGGAUAAGGUCGUGUUCCCGACGUUCGCCCGCACGCGCCCACCGGAUACACAGAUCUCAAAGUCGGUGGCUUCCGUGCUACUGGCGUUCAACUGGACACAGGUGUCUUUCCUGUACCUGAACUCGGCGGAGGGGGAGUUCCGGACUGUGGCGGCCACCAUCCUGGAAACACUGAAAGCUGCUGGCGUGCGGGUACACUUCACGAGGACGUGGAGCGAGCCCUACCACCAUGGCUACGCGCCCAACCACUUCACCAACAUCGUCGCUGACACAUACCUCGACACCCGCAUUUACGUAAUUCUGGGAUACUACUACGAACACCUGGGGCUGAUGGCUGCCAUGGAAGAAAAGAAGCUCUUUGAUAAUGGCGAGUACUGGGUGGUCGGCGUGGACAUCGAGCAGUACGACGCGGACAACCCCGGCAAGUACCUGCGCGACCUGCUGCGGCAGCAGGAGGACGCCAACGCGACGCGGGCCUUCCGCUGCUACCUGGGCGUGGCGCCGUCCGCGCCGCGCGACAUGACCAACUUCAGCCAGCUCGUCAGCUCCUACAUCCAGCUGCCGCCCUUCAACAUCCCCAACCCCGUCUCCGUCGUCGGCGGCGUCCGACUGAUCCGGCCCGAGGCGGCGUACCUGUACGACGCUGUCCUGGUCUACUCGCAUGCACUGGUGGCCGUGCUGGACGCCGGAGGCGACCCCCGCAACGGCAGCGCCAUCAUCGAGGCCGUCAAACGCCGGCACUACAGCAGCGCCAUGGGGUACAUGGUGUAUAUGGACGAGAACGGCGACGCCGAGGGCAACUACACGCUGCUGGCCCGCCAGCGCCACCACAGGGAGCCCGGCGAGUACGGCAUGUACCCGGUGGGCGUAUUCACCAGGUCCGCCAGCGGGCGGCGGGCUCUCCCGGAUCUACAGAUGACUGCGACCAUAGACUGGGUGGGAGGGAGACCGCCCAUCGCAGAACCGCCUUGCGGCUUCCGCGGCGAGAAGUGCAUCACUCACACGGGCGAGAUCGCUGGGGGCAUCGCAGGAGGGCUGGCGCUGGUGCUGCUGGUGGCGUCGCUGGUGCUGUACCGCAACUGGCGCUACGAGCAGGAGCUCGACUCGCUGCUCUGGAAGGUCGACUGGAGGGACAUCCAGCUCAACGACGAGAACACUAGCUCCUCGCUGGGCGCCAAAGUGGCCAGAGCCGUUCACCCGCUGAUCCGCACCAGCCAAGUGUCACUGAGCUCCAACCCUGACGCCGACUUCCGUUACUCGGCUAUCUACACCCAGAUCGGUAUCUACAAGGGCCGCGUAUUCGCCAUCAAGAAGGUCCACAAGAAGUCAGUCGACAUCACCCGCUCCAUGAAGAAGGAACUCAAAAUGAUGAGGGACCUGCGACACGACAACCUGAACGCUUUCAUCGGGGCGUGCACCGACCCGCCAAACAUCUGCAUCGUCACCGAGUACUGUGCAAGAGGAAGUCUCAAGGAUAUCCUUGAAAACGAAGAUGUGAAACUGGAUAACAUGUUCAUUGCCUCGCUUGUGGGAGAUAUUAUUAGAGGCAUGCUGUAUCUGCACGAGUCGGCGAUCCGCGUGCACGGCAACCUCAAGACGUCCAACUGCCUGGUCGACUCCCGCUGGGUGCUCAAGCUGGCCGACUUCGGCCUGCACGAGUUCAAGGCGGGCCAGGAGGAACAGACGGACGCGCCCACCGUCUCUCGAAGGUGCGAAGGGCUGCUGUUCCGUGCGCCUGAGUUGCUGCGCGCGCCGUCAUGGGGCGGCGGCUCCCAGAAGGCGGACGUGUACGCCUUCGCCAUGGUGCUGUUCGCCCUGCACGCCAGGCACCCCCCAUGGGCAGAAGCCGGCCUCGCGCCGGCGGACGUGGUGAGGCGCGUCGCGGCCACAGAGGUCCCGCCCUUCAGGCCGCAGCUGGAAGCGCUGGAGAACACAUUCGACUGCGUGCGGGAUUGUCUGAAGGAGUGCUGGUCCGAGAUGCCAGAGGAGCGCCCGGAUUUCAAGGCCAUCCGCACCCGCCUACGGCCUCUGCGAAAGGGCAUGAAGCCGAACAUAUUUGACAACAUGAUGGCUAUGAUGGAGAAGUACGCUAACAAUCUGGAGGCUCUCGUCGACGAGAGGACAGACCAGCUGGUGGAGGAGAAGAAAAAGACUGAGGCGCUGCUGUUCGAGAUGCUGCCUCGCUCCGUGGCAGAGCAGCUUCGCAGGGGCCACAAGGUGGAGGCGGAAAGCUUCGACUGCGUCACCAUCUACUUCAGCGACAUCGUCGGCUUCACCGCCAUGUCCGCCGAGAGCACGCCGCUACAGGUGGUUGACUUCCUGAAUGAUCUCUAUACGUGUUUCGACUCCACUAUCGAGAAUUACGACGUCUACAAAGUGGAGACGAUUGGUGACGCCUAUAUGGUUGUGAGCGGGCUGCCCAUCAGGAACGGCAACGAGCACGCGGCCGAGAUCGCCAGCAUGUCGCUGCACCUGCUGGACAACGUGCGCCGCUUCCGCGUCCGACACCGGCCCAACGACAGCCUCCAGCUGCGCAUCGGCAUCCACUCCGGGCCAGUAUGUGCUGGAGUCGUCGGUCUCAAGAUGCCCCGAUACUGUCUGUUCGGCGACACUGUCAACACGGCAUCGCGAAUGGAAUCUACAGGAUUACCACUGAAGAUCCACUGCAGCGCAGCUUGCAAGCGGCUGCUGGAACAGCUGGGGGGUUACCAGUUGGCGGAGCGCGGCCUGGUCUGUAUGAAGGGCAAGGGCGAGCAGCUGACGUACUGGCUGCUGGGAGAGGAGCCGCGCAUGCGCAGUGCGCGUACCGAGCAGCGCGCUGCCAGGCGGGCAGCCGGCAAAGCUCACCAGCAGCAGCAGCAGCAGGCGGCCAACGGCUGUCUGGGGCCGCGCUCGUCACUCAAGAGCCGUCUGGCGAGGUGCUCCAGCCUGGAGUCGCCCAAGAGGCUGCGCUUCGGCGUCUGCACCGAGUACCCUCAGCUGCCGUCGCAGGCCGCCAACGUGGACGGCCACCCGCUACUAGAGGUGAUCGCGGACCAGAGCCCGUGCAAGAGCAGCAAGGACAGCAGCUCGUCGUGCCCGUGUAUCGAGAACUGCUGCAGCGGCGAAGGCGGAGGAGACGUUGUCGGCGGCGGCGGUGGGGGCGGCUUCCCGCCAGACCGCAACCACAGCGAGCCGGCGCUGCUGCUGCACUACGGCGCGGGGGCGGAAGCGGAGGCGGAGGCGCAGCGGCCGCUGCUCACAGGCGCCGCCGACGGCCUCAGCGACAGCCAGAGCGACCCCGACACCGACGACGGGGAGACGCCCGUCUAGCACACCCCUAACGGAGGAACGAACUUCCAGACCGCCGGUGACUUACGUUCCAGACGAGCUGCACAGGGAGAAGCAGAGCUGUGCUUCGUCGAGGGCGGUGGACUGGCACUCAACUGUUUCAGUGGACUACGUAUCUCCCGUGGCUGGUCUUGAGAGCAGGUUCGAGGAGGAACACACCAAAGAGGAGUAUUUUUGUAACCAAAGAAGAAUUUACGCACAGAGAUGGUAUGGGAUGAGAGUAAAUUAAUUGUGCUUUUGCACCUUAUUUAUUUGUAUAUACAUGUAAUUCACCAUGAAUAAAUAAAUAUAAUUAA